ACCUCGUUUACACACUUCUCUUGUUCAAAAUGGAGAAGCCGUUUGAGUUUAGAGUCGGUGAGAAGCAUGCAGCUAUGCAAGAUGAUAGCUCUCAGAAACGGCGUACACGCCCUUCAAAUGGCAUCGUCUUAUCUGCAGGACUCCUGCUUAUCGCAUUUGUUAUGUGGUCCUCGCAGAUACCCGCUCGAAUCUGGACACCUCACAAGCAUUCGUGUGGAGGAACUCUAACUGUCGAAGAAAGAGCUGUGAGGAUCCUCAAGCAAAACCCACUCAUCGAUGGCCAUAAUGAUCUGUUGAUUUUCAUCCGUGGCAAAUAUAACAACCACAUCUACAACAACUCUGACAGUGAAUUUGCCAAGAAGUUCGAAAAUGGCGGCCUCGAACAGCACGUUGACAUUCCGCGCCUAGAAAAGGGACUCCAGGGUGGUGCCUUCUGGAGUGCCUUCUGGCCCUGUCCCUUGGGCGACGGUACAAACUUCUCAGACUCGAGAUAUUCCCACAUCGUCAAAUCCACCCUCGAACAACUCGACCUCUUCAACCGCCUAGGCUCCUCCUACCCCAAAUACUUCACCCCAACCCGCAACAGCGCAGAAGCCCUCCGCGCCUUCGACACCGGCACCUUCAUCGCCCCCGUCAUCAUCGAAGGCCUUCACCAAAUCGGAAACUCAAUCUCCACCCUCCGCCUCUACCACCAACUCGGCGUCCGCUAUGCAACGCUUACUUGGAACUGCCACAACAAGUACGCCGACGCUGCUAUCGAAACAGCAAAAGACUGGACUCCCCUCAUCGCCAAACCCCACUGGCACGGCCUCAGCCCCGCCGGCCGCGACCUCGUCAAAGAAAUGAAUCGUCUCGGCAUGCUCGUCGAUCUUGCCCAUGUCAGCCAAGACACCAUGCGCGACGUCCUUGUCGGCAACGGCGCUCCAGGCUGGAACGGCAGUAUUGCGCCUCCCAUCUUCAGCCACAGCUCCGCCUAUGCCAUCUGUCCCCACCCACGCAAUGUGCCAGAUGACAUCCUGCAGCUAGUCAAACAGCGCAACUCGCUCGUCAUGGUCAAUUUCAACCCGGAUUUCGUAUCCUGCAAGCCUUCCGAGACACCCAAUUCUUUCCCAGACUUCGUACCCGAGAAUAAUACCCUGGCCCAUGUUGUACGCCAUAUCAAGCAUAUUGGCGACUUGAUUGGGUAUGAUCAUGUUGGUCUAGGCACCGAUUACGAUGGUAUCGAGGACACGCCCAAGGGCUUGGAAGACGUGUCCAAGUUUCCCGAUCUGGUUGCCGAGUUGUUGAGGCAGGGGGUUAGCGAUGACGAUGCGGGAAAGAUUGUAGGACGGAAUUUGCUGAGGGUGUGGGCUGACGUCGAUAGGGUUGCGGCAGAGUUGCAGAAGACGAUGCUGCCGCUUGAAGAUGAGUUGGAGAGGUCAUUUUGAGAGGGUCGUGUUUUCGCUCGCAGCAUGUUACGGCGUAGGAAAGAAAUUCCGGGGCUACGGAAUUUAACCAACUAGCUCUGCUAAAGAAGUUGGACAUUUAUACCUCAGAUUGCUUUAACUUCUCCACUCAGACUUGACCAUGCCUCCCGUAAAUCCACAGUUAUCCCUUCUAUUUCCCUGCAAAAUGCAAUAGUCUUGUCCUU